GAGACUGAAGACGGCGACAUUGCCGGAGUGAGUGGCCGAAGGAAUGAUCUCCGCUGACUUUAUAUAUUCCCAGCACAGCAUACACUCUGGUUCUUGAAAUCCCCUUCUAACACCUCCAUCAAUGGAGGGUCCUGUCAGAAUCCUCGGCCCCUCCGUCCUCAACCGCCGCCUCCUCCUCCUCCACAGCACCCCCUCCCUCAGCCGCCGAACCGCCGCCGUCCCACAUCCGCCCCGCAUCCUCUCCCUCUCCCAGACCCCAAGCCCAAGACCCUCCAUAUUCUUCCCUCUAUCCCUCUCCGCCUCUCACCUCUCAACCCCCAUCACCUCGUCAUUCAAUCACGACAGCAGCUCGUACCCAUUCACCCCCACUUCGGAAACCGCCCAUUUGAGCUGGCACCGAGCUCCGUUCCCCGGCAGCGGCUCGACCCCGCCUCUCUGGGGCCACCGGAAGGACUGUGAGGUCACGGUGGUCCUACUGGGUUGGCUCGGGGCGAGGGAGAAGCACUUGAGGAGGUACAUUGAGUGGUACAACUCGAGGGGGUUCAAUGCGGUGACGUUCGUGGUGGGAGUCAGAGAGCUGCUCUGGUUCGAUUUGGGUGUUAGGGUUGAGAACAGGAUUCGGGGUCUCACGGAGGAAUUGGUGUCGUGGGUGUCUGGGCGAGAAGACGACGGGAGGGAGCGCGGCUUGCUCUUCCACAGCUUCAGCAACACGGGUUGGCUUGUCUAUGGUUCCUUUCUUGAGAGGUUGCAGGGCAGGCAGGAUUUGUUGGAGAAGAUUAAAGGGUGUGUUGUUGAUUCUGGGGGAGGUGACCCGUUGAAUCCUAAGGUCUGGGCAGCUGGGUUUUCAGCAGCUUUGUUGAAAAAACAGAGUUCUUCAGCGAGCCCUGCUACGGACCCCAAAAACUCUCAAGAGUUUGAAGAUGAUGUUAACUUAAUGAAAAUGCAAGGAAAUGAAAUGUCAAUGAUUGAAAGCACUCUUCUUUCAUCUCUGGAGAAGCUGUUCUCUUACGUGCUAAAGUUACCUGAUGUGGAAAGGAAGCUGGAAAAUAUUGUCAAUAUCCUCUUAAAGAAUCAACCCUUGUGUCCUCAACUUUACCUUUACAGUACAGCCGAUAAGGUGGUUCCCUCCCAAUCAAUCGAGUUGCAGAUGGAAGCCCAGAGGAGUAUGGGAAGAAGAGUUUUCUCGUUUAACUUCAGGACAUCUCCCCAUGUGGAUCACUUCAGAACUUUCCCAGAACAGUAUUUAUCGGUGAUUGAGGGUUUCUUGAAAGAGUGCCUGGUCAUAGUAAAGCAGAACUAACUACAGUGACAUCUCCAAGGAUUCCUCGAUCUGUCUGUGCUAUUCCAGUAGCAAGUAACAUUGCAGAGUUCUAGUGUCAUAGUUCACAAGUUAUCAUUGGGCAAAGAGGGGAAGAGAACAUCAACCUUUUCUGUGAUUGAUGCUGCAAGAUGAGGUUCUUCUGUUGAUGCUCGUUCCAAUUAAUUUUUGGAUACAAUGGGAUUUAAAACGGCAUAAUAGGCAUUCGGCUCUGACUUGCAUACUGAAGGUAGUUUUCUUCUAUACGUGAUCUCUGUUUUGGUCGCUCUUGGGAAGAGUCUAUCACAGUGAGUUUGCAUCUCGAUCAUAUGAUGGUGACGUUACACUGUUACAAAAGCAUGAUUCUCGGGAAUAUGCAUGUUUCAUAGUUCUGUGAUUUUUGUGUUUUUCUAUUUUCAUCGUUCUUGGAGCUUGUUGGUCUUGCGGGUUGCGAUAUGGGGAAGAUCAAAGUUGACAGAGUACCCUUAUGCAAAUAAGACAAUGUCCGGUUGAUAUCUGGAUUUGGGAAAACAGUUACCUAUCCAAACAAUUUGGUUUUAGUAAUGAAAGUCGGGGGAAAGGAAUAAAAAACAAUUAUUCGAG